GGGGAAGCCUGGCCGAUCAGUCAGUAGCGAACAUUCGUCCAGCAAGCACACCGUCAUGGCAGAGGGAAAUCAAGAGGAAACUAUGAUGCUAAAAUUAUAUUCCAUUGGAACAUUGUUGUUGGAAAUUUUAGUACUUUUAAUAAAAAUUUCCUUUGCAACAAUAGAGGGAAUUUACACUUCACUUAUGCCUAAACCCUUAAAGUCUGUCAAAGGAGAAAUUAUUUUGGUCACAGGUGCUGGCCAUGGGAUAGGAAGAGAAAUAUCACUUAAAUUUGCUGAACUUGGGGCCACCGUUGUCUGCCUCGAUAUAAAUGAACAAGGAAAUGAAGAGACUGUCAAAUUAAUUCAAAACAAUGGCUACCAAAAAGCUCAUUCCUACAAGUGUGAUGUUACCAAAAGAGAAGAAGUUCUCCAGUUAGUCGAGCGAAUCAAAAAGGAGGUGGGAGAUGUUACUGUUCUGAUAAACAAUGCUGGAAUUAUGCCAUGUCAUCGGCUACUUGAACAUAAGCCUCAAGAAAUCAUUAAAAUGUUUGAAGUCAAUGUUUUUGCUCAUUUUUGGUUGUUAGAAGCUGUACUUCCCAAUAUGAUCAAGCAAAAUCAUGGACACAUAGUAGCUCUCUCUUCUAUGGCAGGUGUUCUUGGGUUAAGAAAUCUCGUUCCAUACUGUGCAUCUAAAUUUGCUGUAAGAGGCUUAAUGGAGGCUAUGAUAGAAGAAUUCAGGGAAGAAAACAUUGCACCAGAAGUUCACUUUACUGUUGUUUUUCCAUACAUGGUCAAUACUGGAUUAUGUAAAAAUCCAAAAAUAAAUCAAAAGUUAGGCGAGGCCCUUGCUUUAUUAAAACCUAAGACAGUAGCUGAAAUCAUAGUUACCUCUAUGAGGCAAAAUAAGCUUGCCAUCACUAUUCCUUCCUUCUUCAUGCUACUAAAUGAUGUACUCAGACUGUUUCCUGUAAAAGUGGGACAGAUGGUAAAGGAUUUCCUAGACAGUGGAAUGGAAGCUGAUUAACUUAAAUGCCAGCAGAUUUAUUUACAGGCAAACAUUACCGUUAGCAAUCAUUUUAGUGAUUGAUCAAAUUGACCAAUAUCAUUUUUAUAAAUUAGUAAGUUAUAAAUAUUUGUUUGAAAGUUUUCCUUAAAACAUUUUAAAAGUCACUACAAUGUUAAAAUGAAGGAAAAUUUCAAUCCUUUUUUUUUAUGGAUUUUAUAUUUUAAUUUUAAGAAUUAUUUUCUUAUGUAAGAACAUUUUCGGUUACCUUGUUACCAGUCGAUGAGGGUAUUGUAUGAAAUAAUUAGUUGUUGUGAAAGUUGUUAAUUUAAUUUAAAACACUUUCUCUGAGAAAAUAUACAAAAAACAAGAAGUAUAAGUUAUUUUUAGCUACAAUAAUUAGUAAAUUUAUUUAUAUAUGUGUACUGUAAUUAAUGCAAUAAACCUGAAUU